UCUCGAGUUUGAACUUCGAACAUAUUGGGAGAAAAGUGAGUUUUAGAGAGAGAAGCUUAGAAGAACUAAGCAUAGAACUAGAGAGAGUGAGAAUUUGAGAGUGAGAGUUCACCCAAAUGACGUGAAUUUCUCUCUACCGGUCAAAAUAGCGAGAGCUUUAGCACUCGCUUGAGUUCAUGUCGAACCAGAGCAAAGGGUUUCAAUUUACAGUGAUCGAUAAUGGCCGAAAGGAGCAAUGCCGACGCUCAUUCCAACGCUUCGCAGCAAUCAUUGCCCAAAGAUACGAUGGGUGCUGAGACUGCUAUUCCUCUGUCACCACAGUGGCUUCUGCCAAAGCCUGGGGAGAGUAAGUCAGGAUCAGCGCUGGGUGAUUCCCAUAUGAGCCCACAUCCAGGUUAUUCCAAUCGCCCUGAUUUUCUAAACAAAUCAUCGGGAGGUGGGGAGGAACAUCUAGAUACUGAAAGGAAAAGGGAUGUUUGGCGGUCACCCAUGAAUGACUCAGAGACAAUACGCCGUGAUCGUUGGCGGGAUGAAGAAAGGGAAAGCAACUCUGCUCUUCGUCGAGAUCGUUGGAGAGAUGGAGGCGAAAAAGAAAACCCCGAAACUCGUCGGAUGGAAAGGUGGACUGAGAAUUCUUUGGUCAAAGCUUCUGGAGAAGCUCGUCGUGCUCCCUCUGAAAGGUGGGGUGAUUCAGGUAACAAAGAAACUAAUUUUGAGCAACGUCGUGAGUCCAAAUGGAACCCACGUUGGGGCCCAGAUGAUAAGGACUCUGAUAAUAGGCGUGACAAAUGGGUUGACUCUGGUCGCGAUGGUGAGGUAUCAAGGGACAAAGGGAUGCUCCCUAUGGUUAACCAUGCUAAGGAAAGUGAUCGGGAUGGAGAGCAUCACCCUCGUUCCUGGCGAUCAUCAAAUUCUUUACAAAUUAGAGGAAGGGUGGAGCCUUCUAACAUGCCUCCUCCAAAUCCAGUCAAACAAAGUUCUAUUUAUGGCUUUGGCCGAGGGCGAGGAGAUCAUCUUUCUUCGAGUUUCUCUGUUGGUCGAGGAAGGGUCAGUUCGACAGGAAAUAUGUCAGCCAAUAGUUAUUCUAAUUCUGGCUCAUUGGGUGUGUCCUUUGACAAGAGUGAGGUUGGCCAUGGAGAUGCUUUAAAUUUACGAUACAAUAGGACCAAAUUGCUGGAUAUAUACAGGUUGGUUGAUGUUAAAUCAGUUAGCACAAAAUUGAUUGAUGGGCUCAAGGAAGUUCCUUCUCUUACACAAACAGAACCGCUGGAGCCUUUGGCCCUUCUUGCACCUACUCCUGAAGAAGAGAUUGUUCUGACGGGAAUAGAUAAAGGAGACAUUGUAAGUAGCCUCCCUCCUCAAGUCCCAAAGGAUGUCUCUGUAGGGCGUAGCACCUUGACCACCGAUGUCGCUCAGUCACGGAGAAGCAAACAUGGUAGCAGAGAAGAUUUUUCGUUGAUUGGUGAUGAUUUCAAAGAAGAAAGUAGCAAUGUUUUCAAAGUCAAUGAUAUUAAUAGUGAGAGCCAGACUGGCAACCAGAGGUACUCUACUGGGCCUGAUCCAAAUGUGGAUCCUAGAUACUACCGAGAGUUCGAUUCCAAUGCAGAAGCUACGAGGAAUGAAGGUCACAACAAAGAUACAAGCAGUCAUGAGAGUGCUUUUCAGCAAACCGGGACGCCAUGGAGAUCUCAAUCAGUUGGUGAUCGCACUCGUGGUUCUUUAAGUGAUUGGAGGGACUAUAGCACUGAAGGCAAAUCCAAAACAACUGAUAUGCGAUGGCCACCCUCAAUGAAAGACAAGGACAUCGAGCAUGAAAGUGAUAGAUUUGUUUCCCCAUCUCGCUUCAAUGAUGAACUAGACCAGCAAUUGCGAGAUGGUUAUCACUCUGAAAUGGGCAGGAACUCUGAGCUUAGAAGGCAGGCCUCUGAUGUUUUGGACAGGAGAAGGGAAACCAAUUUGAUGACUGGCAAAGAAGAAACAUCGGCAUCUAGUGCCAGGGAUAUGGUCACUGGUAGAAACUUGCAGCUUCAGGUUCCUCCUGAAGAGCUCUCCCUUUAUUAUAAAGACCCACAAGGAGAAAUUCAAGGGCCAUUCCCAGGCAGUGAUUUGAUUGGAUGGUUUGAAGCAGGAUACUUUGGUAUAGAUUUGCAGGUUCGGCAUGUGAAUGCUUCACCAGAUACACCUUUCUCAUCACUUGGUGAUGUUAUGCCUCACCUCAAAAUGAAAGCCAGACCUCCUCCAGGUUUUGGAGCUGCAAAACCUAAUGAAAGUCCUGAGAUUACAAAUGCAACCAAGUUUGGUGGUAGUGGAAAGCUUAGUGCUGGUUCAAGUGAGGUUGAUCUUUUGAAUAAUGAGCUAAGAAGGCAGAAAUCAGCGACAGAAACUGAAAACAGGUUUUUCGAGUCAUUGAUGUCUACAAAUCUGAGCAGUUCCCCACUGGAAGGUUCUCAAGAAUACUUAGGGAACAGUAUCGGUGGUAUGCAGUCAAUGGGACUAGGAAGUGGACUGGAUGCAAGCCAUCGGUUGGCUCAGAAAAUGUCAGCUGAGAGGCAAAGAUCUCUACCGACUUCUUUCCCCUAUUGGCCAGGGAGAGAUGCACCUUCCAUCGUAACACAGUCAGAGAUGAUGCCUGGACCUUCUUCUCCUAACCCAAAACUUAAUGCUCCUCUUCAUAUGCCCCCCCAUUCUCCUCAACAAGUUGAUAUAAUGUCUAUUUUACAAGGCGCAGUCGAUAAUGCUUCUCCUAUUAACAAUAGAGUUAAUUCAUGGUCAAAUUUCCCAGAUGCUAGAUCUCUCAAUAACACUCUCAACAAUGGCAUGGAUAUUUGUCAAGAUAAGAUAGAUACACAUCAUAUGCAACAGCGAUUUGCUCAAGCUGGUUUUGGGUUUCAGCAACCAAGGCUUCAACCCCAACAUCCACCUCCUCUGUCUAAUAUAAUCUCGUCACCUGGCGACCAUACAUCUGGCAUGGACCAGCUUCUUUCUUUGGGGCUUCCUCAAGAUCCACAUUCCUUGAAUAUUUUACAACAGCAACUUUUGCUUUCACAGAUGCAGAUAAGUUCUCAACAAGCGCCUGUCUCUUCUCAAUUAUCCCUGUUGGAUAAACUCCUCUUUCUUCAAAGGCAGAAACAAGAGCAACAACAAAAGCUCUUACUUCAGCAGACACAGGAACAGCUCCUUUCCCAGGUUCUUUUGGAGAGGCAAUCUCAGCAACACUUUGGGGAACCACCUUAUGGGAAUUUACAGGUGGGUGGUGUUUCCACAGGAGAUACUUCUAUGGACCAUCGGAUGAGUCAUCCAAUGAAUGAGCCAUUCCACAUGAACACCCAGAUGCCGCAGAGUCUUCCUAAUGAGGAGAAGAUGGUGAACAAUUUGGAAUCUUCUCCAUUGCACUUGCCUCAUCAAUUUUUUGAAGCAAAUGCCAGUUCCAAAGGCUGGGAAUUGCCCGUUCCUCAUCAUAGUGAAAGCAUGCCUGAGAGCUCCCACGAAGACCACUCAUCACACAUGAUUAACUCCAUCAACUCUGAGCUGUUGGAGCAGUCAAAACAUCAAUCCAUGGUGCCCCAGGACCUAGUCCAAGCCCUUGAUGGUGGCAGAGGAUUAGCUCAACCUUCUCAAGAGGAUCAUACAAACAAGGCUGCAAAAUCAGAAGCUGAUUUCAGUGAAGACAAUAAUACCUUAUCAAGAACUGACAAGAACUGCAAUAUAAAAGCUUUCAUCCCUGACGAACCAGAAUUCCAGGGCGAACAGGACAUCAUGGAAUCAGAGAUUGUGAAAGAAGUGAAGAAUGUGGAAGUCCGUGAUGUGAAGAAAGCAGAGAAGAAGGCUAGAAAAGCAAAAAAUUCAAAAUCAGUGUCUUCUUCAGAUGUAGGAAAGGUGGCCUCGGAGUCACCAGUUAAGCAAGGUGUUGGGCAUGAAAGGUUGAUCCUCAAGGAAAAUAAAGCUGGGGUACCUGUGGAAAUGGAAGAAAAGAACCACGGCGCAUUACCUGUUGCAAUUGGAGACACAGAAUCUGGUGCUUCUUUUGAACCGCUGGAUUUACAGACAGCUCGUCCAAAAGCUUUCCAAGGUGAUGGAAAAGAUGAAUCCAGGGAAGUUGAGUCUGUAGCGAAAGAUAACGUGCAAACGUCUACGGGUCAUCGAGCUUGGAAAGCUGCUCCUGGUUUCAGGCCAAAGUCACUAAUAGAAAUUCAACAAGAGGAACAACAAAGAGCGGAGAAGGAAGUUGUUGUUUCUGAGGUUUCAGUGCCAGUUCAUCCUGUACCUUCUACCCCUUGGUCUGGAGUAGUAUCCAACCAACUGCCUAAACCCUCUAAUCAACAAGAUGCGAUCCCCUUGGGGAAUUCCACUAGCAUUGCGAACCCCAAAAAUAGGAAGAGCCAGUUACAUGAUCUAUUGGCUGAAGAAGUUCUUGCAAAGACAAGUGAGAAAUUUGUUGGUGAUCCUGCAACUCCAAGCUUUGAGAAAGAUUUAUUUCCACCUCUUGAGGUAGAUACUCCUAAUGCUGAUAAUGAUGAUUUCGUUGAGGCUAAGGAUACUAAAAAGGGUCGUAAGAGAGCAGCAAAGCUUAAGAAUACCGGAGUUAAGGCAGCAUCUCCUGCUAUUCCAGUUGAAUCUUCGGUGGCAUCCAGUCCAAUCGAGAAGGGCAAAAGUUCUCGUCAAAUACAGCAGGAGAAGGAAGUUUUACCUUUGCCACCAUCUGGUCCUUCUUUAGGAGACUUUGUUCUCUGGAAGGGUGAACCGAGUCCUGCACCUGCACCAGCUUGGUCUACUGACCUAGGCAAGCAAUCGAAGCCCACAUCAUUGCGGGAGAUUCAAAAGCAACAGGAAAAGAAAUUGCCUCCUAUUCAGAAUCAGUCUCAAAUCCCUAUUCCUCCAAAGGCGCAAUCUAGCCGUGCGAGCAAGGGAAACGGUUCUUCAUGGCAACUUUCUGGAUCUUCUCCAUCCAAAGCUGCAGCUCCCAUCCCAAUUAGCUCAGUUUCUUCUGCUUAUUCAAGAUCUAAGACGGAAGAUGAUCUAUUCUGGGGCCCUCUAGAUCAAUCAAAGCCAGAACCUAAGCAGUCUGAGUUUCCAUCCCUUGGUGGUACGAAUAGCUGGUCAUCCAAAACCAUCCCUGUGAAAGGUACUUCUGGGGUAACAUUGAAUCGACAGAAAUCCUCAGGCAACAAAGCUUCUGAUUAUUUCCUUUCAUCAUCACCUGCUUCUAGUUCUGCUCAAUCAGCCUCCAAAGGAAGGAAAUCCUCUAUGACUAAACAACAAGAGGCCAUGGAUUUCCGGAACUGGUGCGAGAGUGAAGCAAUGAGGCUCAUGGGAUCAAAAGAUACAAGCUUUUUGGAGUUUUGCUUAAAGCAAUCGACAUCAGAGGCUGAGACCCUCCUGGUUGAGAACCUGGGCUCUUUGGAUCCUGAUGGGGACUUCAUCGACAAGUUCCUGAAGUACAAGGAGCUUCUUCAUUCUGAUGUUAUUGAAUUGUCCUUUGGCAACCGAACUGACCUAUGUAGUAAAGAUAACACUGAAGAUGUACAUAAUAUUAACCCUAGCUCUAGAGGGGGAGGAGACGGAGAACAGGACAAGGGCUCGAAGAAGAAGGGGAAGAAGGGGAAGAAAGUGAGCCCAUCAGUCUUGGGCUUUAACGUUGUUAGUAACCGCAUCAUGAAGGGAGAGAUCCAGACCCUUGAGGAUUAGGGGCAUGAGAUCUGAGCUGUUGAUGGGGAGUUAGAGGGGCAGGCCCUUCGGUGGCCGAGUGUACAUACAUUGUGUGAACGAUUUGUAUAUGCUCUUUCUCUCUCUCUCUCUCUCUCGCUCUCUCUCUCUCUCUCUCUAUCUAGAGCCAUUAGAGGACUGAGUUUUUCAGCUCAAGCAGUUUUGAUAAAGUGGCUGAAGGCAUGGUGGGUUUCUAUGGAUGAUUUUUUAGUUUCUAUCCUAAUACAUCUUUUAAUUGUGCUUCCAUCA